UUAUUGUAAUCUGUGCGGUUGUCAACGCGCCUAUGAAAUAUCACAGAUAAAAAAGUUAUUGAUCGUGGGAAUUGGGAUUUUACUGAGAUAAAUUAGUGAAAAUGCUGUAAAUUACUCAUGUUUUCAUCGUAAUAGCCUCUAAUCACCUAAGCCUGUGCAUGCAUACAACCCUCAAUCAACUAUUAUGACUUCACAAGUGAACGAAGAAAUUGCGGACAUAGCUAUGACAAGCACCGAAGCAGAUUCUUCACAAACACACGGGCACGAAACACCUGCAAGUGUCACUGAUGAUGCAUCGUCAAGCAAUGCUGCAACUCCUGCGAGCAGUGAGGGCCAAGCCUCCAGACAGUCAAAUCUUCAACGUAUACAGCAGCGGAAACAACAAGUGUACAACUGGCCUCACAAUAAGAAACUCCUUAAGUUAGCCAUAUAUUCAGAAUGCCAGACCCCAGACUGCAAUUGCAAUGGUUGGAAGACCCCUGUACCACAACCAGCGGCUAAAGGCCAGCCUCGUGCUGACAACCAACCACUGGCAAACUUCAAUGAUCCAUGCCGAAACUGUACUCAUGUGUUAGAGAAACAUGUGACACAAUUGCAAGGAUUGCCCGUGGCUGAGGUAAACAGGUUGCUGGGAGCUGUUGUAGAUGUGGAGAACAUCUUCAUGUCAAUGCACCGGGAAGAUGACCAUGAUACCAAACGCGUCUACUAUUAUCUAUUCAAGAUACUUCGCAAAUGCAUCCUCAAUCGCUCUCACCCUCGUAUUGAGGGUCCCCUUGGCCAGCCCCCCUUUGAGAGGCCCUCCAUAGCCAAAGCCAUCACCAACUUCGUGCUGUUCAAGUUCAACACCCUCCCUCAAAGAGAAUGGCAGACCAUGUACGAUCUGGCCAAAAUGUUUCUACACUGCUUCAACCAUUGGAACUUCGAAACCCCUAGUGUUAGGAAACUUCAAGUAUCAAACCCGGAAGAUAUAUCGGCGUAUCAAAUCAAUUAUACAAGAUGGCUGGUGUUCUGCCACGUGCCCGCGUUCUGCGACUCGCUGCCGCACUACGACACGUCGCUGGUGUUCGGGCGCACGCUGCUGCGCGCCGUGUUCAAGUCCGUGUGCCGCCAGCUCAUGGACAAGUGCCACUCCGAGAGGGACAGGAUGCCGCCAGAGAAGAGGGUACUAGUCCUGACCCACUUCCCGCGCUUUCUGGCGCUGCUCGAAGAGGAGAUCUUCAGCGCCAACUCGCCGAUAUGGGACCCCGAGUUCAAACAGAUACCGCCGAACCACAUCCAGACUAUAUUCGACAGCAACAAUCCAGGAAGGCGUGGCGCUGGUGAAUUUGAACGAAUCACCGCUACGGGUGACAGCAAAGAUGGAUUCACUACUGUUACACUCUCCUCAGGUACUAUAAAGACGGAAGGCGGUAAGCGUGUGAGCGAGGCGGCCGGGCCCGGCGCCGCCAAGCGACGGCGACUCAACGACGAGCCCGGCGAUGACGUCAGCGAGAGGACUGUGGCCGAUAUUGUGGCCACCAUCACUGAUCCCAACUAUAUGUGUGGACCUGAUGCAUUAUUCCAAAUGCAAGCGCCGCGAGACGAGGCUGCGAAGUUGGAAGAACAGCGCAAACUGAUCGAGUUCCAUGUGAUCGGGAACUCUCUGACCGGACCCGUCAACAAGCAGACCAUGUUGUGGCUUAUUGGCCUCCACAAUGUAUUCUCCCACCAACUACCAGAGAUGACCAAGGAGUAUAUUUCUCAACUGGUUUUUGAUCCGAAACACAAAACGCUUGCUCUUAUCAAGGAGGGCAGGCCAAUCGGUGGAAUCUGCUUUAGGACAUUCAGUGCUCAGGGUUUCAGCGAGAUAGUGUUCUGCGCUGUGACGUCAAACGAGCAAGUGAAGGGUUACGGUACACAUCUCAUGAACCACCUUAAAGAUUACCACAUCAGGAACAAUAUUCUCCAUUUCCUCACCUUUGCUGAUGAAUUUGCUAUAGGAUAUUUUAAAAAGCAAGGCUUCAGCAAGGACAUAAAGCUGCCCCGCGCGAUGUACCAAGGAUAUAUCAAGGAUUACGAGGGAGCCACGCUCAUGCACUGUGAACUGAACCCACGGAUUGUGUACACGCAGUUCACAAGCAUUAUACGGAGACAGAAAGAGAUUGUCAAAAAACUGAUUGAUAUGCGCCAGAAAGACGUUCGGAAGAUACAUCCUGGGUUGACAUUGUUUAAAGAGGGCGUCCGCAGCCUCCCGGUGGAGUGUAUCCCGGGGCUGCGCGACAGCGGCUGGCGCGGGGCGCGCGCCGCCGCCGCCGAGCCCGACGCCGAGACCGACCCCGCCGCGCUCCGGGCCGUGCUGCAUGCGGUAAAGAACCAUGCAACGGCCUGGCCGUUCCUGAAGCCGGUCGACAAAGCUGAAGUACCUGACUAUUACGACCAUAUUAAAUAUCCUAUGGAUCUUCGCACUAUGAGCGAGCGCCUGAAGGCACGUUACUACGUGUCAAAGCGACUGUUCAUCGCUGACAUGACGCGAAUCUUCACCAACUGCCGGCUUUACAACUCGCCCGAAACUGAUUACUACAGAUGUGCCAACACUCUUGAGAAAUACUUCCACACCAAGAUGAAGGAGGCUGGGCUCUGGGACAAAUGAUACCCGGCCACCGCCACCUCCGCGCUCGAGGUGAAAAGUGAGCGGUCCUCUACCGACUAAACAUGGAACUAAAUAUACCUUAUGGGAUAAAAACAAUAUUUAAAAAAAAGUAUGUAUUGAUUUAUUUGUGAAAGAAAACCAACAGCAACACGAAUAAGUGAUAAAACUAAGGUAAGAUAAAGCCAAUUAAAAGUUUUCACGAAUAGAAAUUGAAUGUAUUAAGUAGCUAGCUGGUCUCUGCAAUUUUUCUAGCGUAUUCGUGUAAAAUACCGUUGAAAUUAAGUAAGGAAAAUUGGAAAGUUCAUAAUGAUGGCGCGACCAAGAUACCAAGAGCCCAGAACCCCUGUUCUGUGAUUAUAGUAUUUAUUGUAUAUAUAGGGUGGAAAAUUGCCUAAAAUAGCUUCUCUGCUGGAGCCGUCUUAACAACCACAAUUUCAACCCUGCUCAUAUAGCAAUAGAGUCUAUAAUUGCUCCAGGAAUUAGAGGCAGAAGUGACAAACCCGAGUACUUAAAUGAAACUUAAUUAUAAGUGUUUCUUUCAUUACAUAAUACUCUUGUGACAGACAAAAUGUCUCGAUAACUACUUAAAAUUAUGUAAUGUUUAAGAAUUCGGCUAAAUAAGUCAAGUUCUGAAUUACAAACAUUGUUGUUAUCCCGUAAGUCAAAUCAUUUGGUUCAUAGUUAGUCGGUAGAAGUUUUAUGUCACAUGCAAUCAUUGUGGCAUUAUUAAACUCAGAAGUUUAUUUUUAUGUGAUGACAGUUUUGUGCUAUAAAUUUUGUAUUUUGAUUUAAGUGAUAUUGUUAAAUGAAAUUUAUUUUUGCUCUGCUAUUUGCUGUUUAAAAUUGCGUCUUUAAAAUUGGUUCUCUGGUACCAAAUUUGUUACCUGAUUAUGUCACUAAUUUAGUGUAAAUCUUGGAUAUUUAAAUAGUAGCAUAAUAUACUCCUAGUAUUCCAAAUACCUACCUACAUAGGACUUAUCAAGGCAUUAUUCGUCUGUUAAUCUUUCAGUAGUGGGAUUGGUGUUUAGUCUAACAAUCAAUAACGUCAGUAGACAUUAGAAUAAAUGUAAUAGAAUUUUAGAAACCCGACGGCCUAUAACCUCUUAAAGCAGUAUGUAAAUGUGUGGAAGAGAUGGCGAAUAGCACGGUGUCUCGCUUCAACAACUGAUAAAAUACUACUUUAAGAUGUGCCUCGUGGGUUUGUUUGUUCCUUGAUAUAAUAAUAUCUGUAUAUUAAUGUGGGUAGUAACGGAUUUAAUAUUUAGUAGUGGAUUUAAGCAAUUAUUUGCUAUGUAUAUAAUAAGACUGAGUUUGUUUUUUUUACGUUGCAACAUUUUAAUUUGUUGUCCUCAAGUUUACCUAAAUAUAGGUAUGUUUGCUCUUUUUUUACAUUGUCUUGAAAUGAAAACUAACCAAAUAAAAUCUCGAAAGUUUAAUUGUAAUAUUUUAAUUUAUCUUUGAUUUUUUUGUCAGUAGGAUAUUUUUUUUUACGAAACAAAUGUAUGUAUUUUCUCGUGUAAUAAGUUUUAAUAAAAUCAUUAUAUUUAAUAAUCAAUCGAUGUUCUAGAAUUGUUAAUAAAUGUUCAGUAGUAAAAGAAUCGUAGUUGGUGUUUAUCAAUCGUGGCUCUGUUAGUAAAAUUAUUACAAUUGUUCUAGAGUAGAACGUUUAGAUUAGUUCUUUGUGUAUAUAAAGUAUUGGCAUUUCUGUCUCCGUAAUAAGUCAAUAAAAUGCUUACAUAUA